AUGGUCGGGGGGGGGGGGAAUGGGUUGACCUCCUUGGCAGAGAAGCCCCCAUCCCCGGCUAUUGAUUGGGUUAAUUACAAAACUGCAGUUGCUAAGGCUGGCAUGGUGGAUGAGUUUGAAAGGAAGCUUGAGAAGUUCAGAACCAUGAUUCCAUUCGAUCAAAUGACAUUUGAGGACUUGAAUAAGGUCUUUCCUGAAACGAAACUGGACAAGGAGAAGUAUCCAUAUUGGCCCCACAGACCCAUUGAAGACCUGUAAAUCUGUCUGAAAGCAGUUUCUGGUAACUGUCAAAUUUUCUAGAAUACUU